AUGCCGCCGUGUGCCAAGUGCAACAAGAUGCACUUGAGGGUUUGCAAAGCUGGAUCUAAUGUUUGCUACAACUGUGGACAAGCUGGUCAUUACUCGUCGCACUGCCCGAGUAAACAACAAGGAAUGGCAAGAGGGAAGCCUGAUCAGAGUUCGGCUCAGCCCUUGAGAGCCAUUAUGGGUUACCAGGCGACUAUUGGUAUGGCUCCGUAUGAAGCUCUUUACGGAAAGAAAUGUAGAUCACCACUUUACUGGGAUGAAGUUGGUGAGAGGAAAGUGUUAGGACCGGACACAGUCGCAGAGAUGAUUGAGAUUGUCCGAAAGAUAAGGCAGAGGAUCAAAGAAGCGCAAGAUAGACAAAAAUCUUACGCAGAUACCCGCCGCACAGAGUUGCAUUUCGAGAUAGGCGACAAGGUUUUCUUCAAGGUUUCACCCUCGAAGGGGAUAAAUAGAUUUGGGGUAAAAGGGAAGCUUAGACCCAGAUUUAUCGACCCAUAUGAGAUCUUGGAAAAGAUAGGUCCAGUAGCAUGUAGGUUGGCUUUACCGCCAAGCUUUGGAAAUGUGCAUAACGUGUUCCACGUAUCACAAUUGAGGAGAUAUGUUUUCGACCCAAAGCAUGUGGUCUACCAAGAGGAAAUGGUCUUAGAACCAGACUUAAGCUAUGAAGAAAGUCCCGAGAUAAUUCUAGAUCGUAAGAUCCAACAAUUGAGAAGCAAAUCAAUUGCAUUGGUUAAGGUCCAAUGGAGACACCACGGUUACGAGGAAGCGACGUGGGAACUUGAAGAUAAGAUGCGGGAGAAGUACCCAGAACUUUUUCAGGAGAUGUAA